CUCAACAUGCUAUAGAUUUGAUACCGUCCGGUGAACAGCGGGCUGGUGGCGGCCACACACACGGCAGGUAUCUACAUCCGUCCUCACGAUGCCGUUGAUAAAGUGCUCGAUGGCACCGUGUGGAGCGCGUGCCUGUGAUCCCGAUGGCAGAUCGGUGCUAUAGAUCACAGAGGGAAGUUUACCUCCUGCGACCAGACGGUAGAGGCGGAUCAUUGCAUGGCGGUUUACUCGCUGUACGGCAUGAGACUGUGAGGCCGCUGCAUGAGGCAGCCUGGACUAACAUGAUGGAGGAGGCUGCCAGUCAGCUCGAGAGAGACCAUGUGCACAGUGUUUAUGACAAGAUUGCUCCAUAUUUCAACGACAGCCGCUAUAAAGCCUGGCCGAAGGUGCGACAGUUCCUGCUGGACUUACAGCCGGGAAGCAUCGUGGCUGACAUUGGUUGUGGCAAUGGCAAGUAUCUCCACAUUAACAAGGAGGUGUUCAAGCUGGGGUGUGAUGUUUGUCGCCCCCUGGUGGACUUUGCCUGGAGCCAAGGACACGAGGUCCAGAUGUGUGACGGGCUGCAUUUGCCUUACAGAGACAGCUGCUUCGAUGCGGUGCUCUCUAUUGCAGUCAUCCAUCAUUUGUCCACCAAAGAACGCCGUAUUCGAGCAAUAAAGGAGAUGGCUCGCACCCUGCAAGUGGGCGGACGCAUCAUGAUCUACGUGUGGGCCAUGGAGCAGAAACGUCGUAAAUUUGAGAAACAGGACAUCUUUGUUCCCUGGAACCCCAACCCUCACUCGCCGUCCUGCUCCAACAGGGAGCAUGCCAAACCCAGACGUAGGGCCACUGCUCAGAGUGUGAGUGAAGCCAUAGACAACGCUGAAAAGCACAGGAAGGUUCGAAGCACAUUCUCUGUGGCAGACGAGGAAGAUCUGACCUGCACCACGCCACAGCAGAGCACGCAGAGACUGUGGUUCUUCUCCAGGUCUCUGGAUUCUGUGUUCGACUUUGGAAGCUUAGCCAUCUCCCGAUCGUCGUCCAGAGAUCUGAGCACUUUAUCUUCACCAACAGGUGAUAACGGGGGGAGCAAGGCCAGCCAGCGUGGGCGAGGACGAGGGCUCAUCAAACAGGUCUCGAGCUUCUUUUCCCCGCCGUCUGUGAUCGGAUCAGAGGAGGAUGUCUUUGACUCGGUCACAGACCUGCACAAGGGUCAAAAGAAUCCUGGAAGCAACAACAACAUCACCACCAACACUACCAAUAACAACGGCACAGAAACCCAGAGUGUCUCAGUAUCUCUAGCCCAGGAGUGUGGCUCUCUGGCCCUGCCAGAUCUGGUCCCUUUCCAGAAGGAGCACCUGAAGCAGUCUGGAGAUGAAAGCGAAGGAGGACUGCGGGGAAAAGAGCAGCAAGAAAGCACAAGGGGUCCUCAGGGGAGCGAGGGGCAGGUGGAGGGCUCCUGCCUGAGGUACUAUCAUGUCUUCAGGGAAGGAGAACUGGCAGAGCUUAUUGAGAAUCACGUUGAAGAGCUUCACGUUAAAUACACCUACUUUGAUCAUGCCAACUGGUGUGUGGUGGCAGAGAAAGUUCAGUCGUGGAAAAAAUAAUUUUAACUUGAUUUUAUAUUGCAUCAACUCUGCCUCAAGUUUUAGCACUGAAUCACACAUUUGAUGAUCAUUACAUUCUUGUGACUAAAAAGUGAAUAAAUAUACAGUUGUGGCCAUUGUUGACAGUACACUAAACACUAAAAUACUCCACUGCUGCAAGACUCUACUUAACUGUUUGGAAAACAUAAUUUAUUGAUAUCUUUUUAUCUUUUUUUAGUCCUGGAACCAGCUGUGUUACAGGCCUAUCCACGUCUAACAUUAAACCUGAUUUUAGAUGUUGUUAUUGCAGUGGUUUUGCAGCAGCAGUGGAGAAUGCACAGAGGAGGGUGGUGUUCAACAAUGGUUACCACUGUAUAUUAUACCAUGGUUUUUUUUAAUAUUUAUUCUGUCAAUACAUGAAACCAACAAGCAGUAUCCAGUCAUCCAGUGUGUGUUUUUUAGUGCCAAGAAUUAGUUUUUAUUAUCCAACCACAGCAAGCUCCUGUGCUGCUAGUGAUUUUAACUCUUUUAAGAGAGCAUUUCUGUAAGAGAGAUGUUAGGAAAUGCACUGUUUCUCUCUUUGGACUUUCACAUUAGCCAAAGAGGACUUGCGAGACUACAGUAUGCUCUUCCAUUUGCUCAUAAAUGUUUUAAUGCAUUCAUUUUAGUGGAAAGUUCUUACUUCUUUGUGUCUGCCUGUUUUACAGUUACUCGUUCCUUAACUCUGAAUAUGAGCUAAAUCUGCAGCAAGUAUCUGUUAUAGACUUCUUGGUGGGACUCUGUAAACUACUCGUGUGUAAUCUAUCAUAACACUAUCAUAAGAAGAGCUCAAAGUUUUGCAGAAUAUCUUCCAGAACAUUUGUGCAUUUGCUUGUUGCGUUUUUAUUCUCCAAGUGUUUCAAAGAAUGUGCUGCCAGUGUGUGUGCGUGUGCUCGAUGUUUGUAAUACAUGUAUAAUGUCUUGUGUUUUAGUAACAAGCUGGACACCACUGGUGUGUUUCAGUGAAUCAACUGCCUCAUAUACUGUGAAUAAACAUUGCACUGUACCACGAAUAUGUCGCUGCUUGAUGUCAGUGAAUGACAUGAAUAUAGGUGAAACUGGAGACAUGCUAAUGUACCUUUUGUGCCAAGGACGGUGCAUAUCCUUAUCAGUACAGUAUGUGUGGACCAAUUGUGUUUGUUCUGAAGUGACACUGGUACCUUAUUGUCUUAUGUGACCUGAUGUAAAUAUUUGUUCAGUUUGUUCAAUUUGU